GUUUCCUUCCUCGUCAAAAUGCCGAUCAGUUGUAGAUUUUACAAACACAAGUACCCAGAAAUCGACGAUGUCGUCAUGGUGAACGUUCGAAGCAUCGCUGAAAUGGGAGCAUACGUGAAUUUGCUGGAAUACAACAACAUUGAAGGAAUGAUUCUUUUGAGCGAAUUGUCAAGGAGGAGAAUUCGUUCGAUAAACAAACUGAUCAGGGUUGGAAGACACGAGUGUGUGGUGGUUAUUCGUGUCGACAAGGACAAAGGUUUGUUGGUCUUCUCUUUAUAGUAAAUUUCACAAUCAGAAACAAAUAUUGCAUUUCUUUACGUUCUUACUUGCAGUGCAUGCGCAUUGGGGACGUCCACCAGAAAUUUAUAAGCUUUACUAGAUAAAGAAGACCUUAUUGGCCCUGAGAAUCGUAGCUAUUCUACCAUUUCAGAAUAAACCUUAUUGUUUUCGAAGUGAUUAUGAUCAUCCCAAAAAUGUAGGCAUUAGGAACAUUAAUAGGAAGUGUAAAUGUUGUCAUGGUUUCUGGUGCAUGCGCAUCGACGUAAAAUCCAUCAGUUAUUAACCUUAAAAUAACUCUUCUUUUUCACUAUUCUCUCAAUAAAACUAUUAUUAUUUUUGUUUGACUAUUUGAUAUACUUUUUUAGCAUCAUGAAGCAAAUGAAAUGGAGUAAAUCUGUGUGAACAUAAGAUAUAAAUACUUUUGUUUCCUCUCUACAUAACACAACUGUUAAUAAUGACAAUAGAAGUCAAUUACAGACCAGUUGUUUCCCACAGACAUUCAAAUUUCAUAGAAAGCAGAAAUACAAUAUUUUAUAGUCUGACUUUUUAACUGAUGUCCAAUAAUUUGACAGGAUAUAUUGACUUGUCCAAGAGAAGAGUCUCACCAGAAGAAAUCAAGAAAUGUGAGGAAAAGUUCACCAAAGCUAAAGCAGUAAGUCUCAUCAAUAGUAAUUUGAACCCUUUAACUCUCAGAAGUGAUUAACAUGUAACUUCUCCCUAUAAUAUCCAUACAUUAUUAAGCAAACAGGUGAUGAGAAUACUCAAACUUAUCAGGUAGAAGUUAUCUUGAUUUUACACCAAAUUCUUGAAACUUAUUUAGAAGGAAAUAUGUAGCAGUUAGAGGAGAGAAUUUGCAAUGAGAUCUGGGAGUUAAAGAUUCAUCUUCAUCUUUCAUCUCCUCCCUUCGUACUUUAUACAAUUCUAUGAUCCUUCCAUAUUUGUAUUAUUGCAAUUUAGCUUGGGCUGGUACCUAUAAGUCAAACCUUCAAAGAAUUGUAACCUUACAGAAACGUGCGUUAAGAAUAGUAAGCAAUUCUACAUACAUUGCCCAUACUGGCCCUAUUUUAAAGGAACUUAAACUCUUAAAAUUUCAUGAUAUCCAUUUGUUUCAAUUAGGUACUUUUAUGUUUUCAUUCAAGAACUCUACACUCCCUUCCAAAUUCAAUAACUUUUUUUUACUGAAUAGUCAAAUCCACAAUUAUAAUACUAGGAAUGCUCAGUCCUUCCGUUUGCCACUGUGCAGAACAAACAUCAGGAAGUUUUCAAUUUACUUUCAAGGUCCAAACUUUUAUAAUUCGUUAAAUUCUGACAUAACUAGUUCUCCCUCCUCCGCUUCUUUUAAAAGAAAGCUUAAGGAAUUUCUUCUCUCUAAGUAUUAGCUUCUGUAAGGCAGUAAUUCUUAACUAACUUAGUUAAUAUGUGUGUGCGUGUGUGUGUGUGUGUACGUGUGCGCGGUCAAAGUUAAUUACCAUAAGUCCAUAUUGUAAUUCUAAUAUAAGAUUAGCUAUUUUAAGUGAGAAAGCCUGACUUGUUAUAAGCCUCGUGGUUUCUUUCAGGUUUUCUCGCCAUUUAUUUUCUGUCAUCAAUUUUCUUCAUUUUUUUUUUUCCAUGUGUAAAUGUCGUAUAUGGCAAAUAAAUAUUGUAUAUUGUAUUGUAUCUCUUGAGUUGAUUUUAUUGAGUAAUACUGGAUAACUGCCAUUGUAAAACAUUAAUCUGUUUUUAGAGUUUAUUAUUUCAGUCUUAACCCCAUUUUUUCAUCUGUUCAUUUUGUUGCUUUAGGUGUACAGUAUUCUGAGGCACUGUGCAGAGAUCUUAGGAUAUGAGACAGAUCGUGAGUUAGAGGAGCUGUAUGAGAAGACAGCUUGGUAUUUUGAUGAGAAGUACAAAUCACCAGGGAGUUCAUUUGAAGUGUUCAAACUAGCUGUUGGGUGAGAAUAUUUUAAACACAAAUUGGUAGCUGCCAAGUGGCAUAGAUGGUACAUUCACUAAGGAUGUACUACAAAUAUUAAGAAUAAAAGCUAUAGGUAUGCAGAACACAAAAGACUACAGUACCUAAUCAACAAUGGUUUCUGCAACACCAAUAGUUUGCAAUUUUUGUUUUCGAGGAGUGCUGUAUUCAGAACCUUUAACCCUGAUCUCCUUUUCUAAAAAACAAUAAAUGUGUCUGGUUUUCCUAUCAAUUAGGGAAGCAAGAAAGGAUUUUUUACAAAUAUAACUUGUAUCUAGCUCUAAGAUGAGGGACAAAUAAAAUAAAACUUCAGAGAACUUUUUGCUGGCAGUUAUAUUGCUUAUGCUACCUGGCUUUACCAAGAGUACAUCAUGAUGAAUUGACCCAGGCUGGAACCUGGGUCCUUCUAUAAGAUUAAUAAGGUUAUAACAUGCCUAUGUACUUCUGCCCUAAGACUAAAUUAUUUUUAAUUCAUUUUAGGGACCCAAAAUUACUAGAUGAGUUGGAUCUUGAUGAAAAGACCAAAUCUACCUUACUGUCUAACAUAACACGAAGGCUUACUCCCCAAGCUGUCAAGAUCCGUGCUGAUAUUGAAGUGUCAUGUUAUGCCUAUGAUGGCAUUGAUGCUGUGAAGAACUCCUUGUUAGAAGGACUGAAGUGUACGUCAGAAGAUGUUCCUAUCAAGGUUGGUGCACAUUAGUAGGAGAGUGGUAGAUGUUGUCAGGGGCAUAGCCAGGAUCUUUCAAAGGGAAGUCACACUUUGUCAAACAGAGGGUACUCACUAGAUUGUCAUGUUGACUUCCAUGCCAUGUUUUACUUAAAAAUAAUUUUAAAGAAAAGCUCACAAAGUGGGGGUCACAGGCACCCCUGAACCCCCCUGCCAGCUUCACCCUUGGUGGUUCUUUAUGGUUAGCACCCUAAACUCGUGAGUGAGGGAAUUUGGUUUCAUAAACUGAGAUUAUGAUAUAAAUUGGCCAUUGUUAAGAGUUUCUAAAGCUGACUUUCCAGGCACUAGUCCCUUGUCAGAGCAAAUGACUAAGGGUCAAUGCUUGAAAUGCAAUACUGCUCAUGGUUGCAGUACCAUAGUUUCUUUAGCGACUUACCCCCUUUAUUCUCUUGACAAAGGAAGAUGUUCAGGGCCCAGUUGUUUGAAGGUGGAUUAACGCUAACCCACGGUUAAAUUUUAAACUAGGUUUCUAUUUUUCUCUGUUUAAAAGCCAGGGUAGGAGAGGGUUGUGGUUGCAUGUACCCUUAAUGGACCAGUAUCCUAUUCAAGGAUAGUGGUUGUACUUCUAGCACUUUGAUACAGAAACUAAGAUAAGCUUUGGCAGCAAGAGCCGACAGGCUGAUGUUUCAAAGGAACACUUAAGUAAAAGUUUUGUCAGAUGUCUGGAGAUUUUCAGUCUGAUUAGUUAAGGAAUUGUCUAAGGAAAAGUUUGGUUUUGUGUGUGUAAUAAGCUCCCUCACUUACUUUUGAGGGAGUUUCCUUCUUUGCUAUUCUUUCUUUUGAUUGAGACUGAAUACAGAAGCCCAGACUUUGCAUAUGACUGAUGGGAUGGUUUGCUGUAAUUUGUAAAUAACUGAACUAAAUCUGGCUAAUGUAAUGUUUGGCAUCAGUGAGGUUACCUGAAAAUUAUUCAAAAUACAAAUACUCUUAACAUUUAAGCAGAAUAAUACAGCAUAAUCACUUGAAGUCGUCCUCUAUCUUUUUAGAUAAAUUUGAUAGCAGCACCUCUUUAUGUGAUUACAACAACAACCUUGGAUCGUGACGAGGGACUCCAAGCUUUAACAAAUGCUGUGGAUGCCAUAAGAACUACGAUCAAAAAAUAUGGAGGAGAUUUUAAUGAAAAAGCUGCUGUAAGUUGAAACUUCUUUGUUCUUGAAUAUGAAAUACCACAUGCACCUUUGCCACUUAAAAAUGAAAGGAAAGGUAGAUAUUUUACAUUUGGGAGUUUGGGGAUGUCACAAUCUGUCUGGCAUCUUACAAGGAAGUAAGAAGCGUCAGACUGGGUUAGGAUAAUCAGUUGCUUAUCAGUUUUACCUUUUGUGUGACAAUGAUAAAACUAAGGUUACCCUUAGCCAGGGGUUACAAAAACUUUUUCCAUAAGCAGCUACUGAUGGUGUAAUAGGCUUCUGUACCUUAACUUAAGAGUGAUGAGCAAUUAAUUUCUCCUUGCAAAAUCACCUCUGAAUCAUACAUUAAGGUCAGAGAAUAGAGGAAAUGAUCACAAACCUAAAAGCUCUUGAUUGUAAAGUCUCCUUGUUAGCACCUUAGGAAAUGUAUGGAGAACAGUAUGGAGAAUAUGCAUACUGAUGUUAGUGUGUUAAGCAUUAAGGUGAAACCCAAACAUGAAAGCCUGCUUGCAGCAUAAACAGCCUGUGGUGAGAGGUCCUAGAGGUGACAAUAGACAGCUGGUAACUGGCUUUUAUUGAAAUACCUGCCUAGGCUAUGCCCUGGAAGAAGUCACAAGCACUCCUACUUUUGAAGGAAAUAAAUCAGAAUCUUAUAUCUUUAUUUUUCAAUAUAUUUGCAGCCAAAGGUUGUCACAGAGAGUGACGAGGCUGAGCUUGCCAAGCAAAUGGAAAGAUUAGAAAGAGAAAAUGCUGAAGUAGAUGGUGAUGAUGACAAUCCUGAUGAGGAAGAGAUAUCAGAAGAGAUCCAUUAAUUAUCAAAUUUCUCUAAAUUCUGUGCCAAGCUUUAUUCUUUGAGUUUGUCAUUUCCUCAGUGUUUCAUUUGUGAAAGAAAACUGACAAAGUUGCAGAUGAUAAAACAGCUGGAUUCUUUUUGAUUUAGUAUAGAUAAGUCCUCAUCUUGAAUAUAAGGUGGGUGUGGUCUUGACUUUGACUCCAGAGAGGCUUGGUUAAGGAGAAUUUGCAAUGUAGUCAGUCAUGGAUGACUUCACAUGAUAACUGCUUUAUUUGCAGAUCUUUUUUAGCCUAAUCUCAUCAACAGUACUUUCUGUCAGUCCAUCAGGGCCUGCUUGUGCAUGGCCUUUAAAAUAUUAGUAAAUUCCAUCUUAUGUAAAGAAUGAAACAUAUAAAGUGAAAUAAACAGAGAGUUCUGACAAACUGAC